GGCGGGGCGAUGGCCAAGAUCCGAGUGGCUUACGAAUACACCGAAGCGGAAGACAAAACCAUCCGGCUGGGCUUGUUUCUCAUCGUUUCUGGGAUCUUGUCACUUUUCAUCUUGGGCUUCUGUUGGCUCAACCCGGCCCUACAGGACUUGCAAGGAAAGGCGGCGAACUGCACCGUGCUGUCGGUGCAACGGAUCAGCGAGGUUUUCGAGUGCACGUUCACGUGUGGCGGCGACUGCAAGGGCACCUCCCUGUACCCCUGCCUCCAGAUCUACGUCAACAACUCCGAAUCCAACGCCCGGGCGCUCCUGCACCCGGACGAGCAUCAGCUCCUCACCAACCCGAAGUGUUCAUACAUUCCCCCCUGCGAACGGGAAAAUGAGAAGAACUCUGAUAUUGUAAUGCACUGGCAAAUUUAUUGGGAAGAUGAAGUAGGAUCUCAGCCUUUCACUUGCUACUUUAAUCAGCACCUCAGACCAGAUGAUGUAUUGCUACAACGUACACAUGAUGAAUCUGUUCUUUUGCACUGCUUCCUUUGGCCAGUGGUCACAUUCCUGGUUGGAAUCCUAAUUGUGGUCUUGACCAUCUGUGCAAAGAGCUUGGCUGUCAAGGCAGAAACUAUGAAGAAGAAGAAGCAUUUCUAA